AUGCCCGCCUUGCUCGUCAACAGAGCUUCAGCGCCUUCAGAUCACAGUCAUGAUGUAUUACACCAACUUCCCUGUCAAGGUUACAUCAGUCCGGAAUCUUCGUUUACAUGGCCAAAAUUGGAACAAUCAGAGACCUUUGGCCAUACGUCGUUAGGCUAUCGGACGGAGCCAAGCUCUUCUGCUAUCCAUUCGCGGACUUGUUUCGGAGAUGUUGAGGACCAGGCGAAAGGAGAUGAUAAGUGGAGAAUUGGACCUCAUCAACAGCUGCCAACACCGUUCUCGUCAUUGUCGUCUUCAUUCAACAACAGUUCCUUCGAAACAGACCAGGAAUUGGCCCCCUCCACUCAAACAAACUCAGCAAUUCGACCUCCUAUUCUGCCCACUCGAAGCCAUCAAAGCCAACUGCGGCCCUGGACGGACUUCACAACUGCUAACGGCUUUGAAGAAACAGGGGCUAGGCCCAGGUAUAACCCGCCACAAGCUUAUGCCUAUGAUACCGCACCUUCUUUAGAUUCAUCAUUGUAUGCGACCUCUUCAGACCUGCGGACGCCGACUCAGCCCAAGUUGCACCGCCCCUUCCGGGAGACGGAACGGUCCGCCCCACUGGACAGCGAGAGCGAGAGUGAGGGCAAGCAAGGCGAGCCUCCGUAUGCGAAGCUGAUAUAUCGAGCGUUGAUGGAUGCUCCGGAGCACCAGAUGGUGUUGAAGGACAUCUAUGAGUGGAUAGCACAGAAUACCGACAAGGCAAGAGAUCCGGCUUUCAAGGGAUGGCAGAACAGUGUCAGACACAACCUGUCAAUGAACGGGGCGUUCAGAAAGGUUCCCCAUGUUGAUCCAUCAAACAAAGCAAAGAAAGGCUUCAUUUGGGUCUUGGAGCCCUCUGCUGUUGGCGCGGGCAUUGAGUCAACUACCAGAUAUCGCCAGAAGACGGUUGGCAAAAAGAGUGACAAUGUCGACCAGGCCGACCCUAAGAGGCAGCGUUCUGGGAGGAAGGGGGGGCGAGCCGCCAGGAAGUCUGCCAAAGUGAGAAGGUCUGCGUGGCUCGACCACGAUACCAGAUACGGCCGCUACCCAAAAAGCGAGCUUGACAUGACCUUCGACACUCGUCCGGACGAGCCGCUCUGCCAGGCCUCUCCUCACCAGAGCUGGAACGGUAUAAGUGGCCUGCCAUAUUAUCUGACGCCUCCUUUGUCUUCUACACAGCCAUCUUUUCCGGAAAGCAGUAUCUACGAUUACGGAGGCAUGACCGAGAACCCAGAAACUCAACAAAACGGGACCGUCUUCAGCCGACAAGAUCAACCCCUCUUUGGGCAUCCUUUCAAUAGCGGCUGCGAAUCCAUGCAGCAUGACGGCUCCGAUAUCAAGUUCGAGGAUCAUUAUCUUGCCAACAGGCUUACUACUUUUACUUAG